UGUUUAAUAUUAUAUUGAAAAAACUGCAAAGUCACUAAGCUAUGAAGUUUCUGUUUUCUGGGGAUUUUUUUAUGUUAGAUUUAAUUGGACUUAAAUGUAUUAGUAAUUACGAGUGCUGACUACCUAUGAAUUAGAAGAAUUGAUCAUUAUAAUUCUGUUAUUUUUAUUUUACCGAAGCCGUUAAGAUAACACCAUCGCAUUGUUUUUUUUAUUAUUUAUUGAUUAUUGAUAAAAUUACCUUGCUUGUUUAUUGAUGAUAUAACUUGAAUGUUUUUACGCUCACAACAGGCCGAAGUUGAUAAUUAAAUUGUGAUAACAUUUAAUUACACGUAGCCGGCAUUAUACUGAAUUCUUAAAUUAGUAACUAGAAUAAAUACACUUAUAUCGGUUAAUGUUAAUUAUCCAAUGUAUACUAUCAAGAAUCCAUAUGAAGUCUCCAUUGUGUAACUUUAUCAAAGGAAUUGGUUAAAUACCAUCAUCGAAAAGACAACAGUCAACACCUUAAAGUGUUGAAAAUUCUAUCAGUAUUCCAAUAUUUUUAAAAAGUGUUGUGACCAUGAUGAUUGAUAUUCCUAAAGAGUUUAAAAAAUAUUCUAAACAUUGCAAUAGUCUUAAGCGUAUUAUACAAGAUACUCGAAACUCAUUUGAAAAAAUUAAUCCUUCACUUCAAAUACAAAAUGAAGUUCAAGAAGAAUUAUUACGGAUUGAUAUUGAUGGAUUGAAUCCAAAAUUAGAAAGAGUUCCAACUCUUUUUGUGUUUGGUCAAAAUUGUCACUCAAAAGCUUUAUUUGUUAAUGCCUUAUUAGGGCAGUACCUUUUACCACUAUUUAGCUCUCAUUGGAGAUGGAUAACUUUACUUUAUGGCCAAUCAAAAGUGAUUCGAUUAACAUUAAAUCAGGAAAUUGAAGUAGUGGAAAAACUACAGGCACAUGAGAGAUCCUGGAUAACAAUUCCUGAACCUGAUUUACAGAGAAAUACUCAUGAAUCUUUAGUAGAUCAUUGUCCGUCAUUAGAAGUUGAAUUGUCACAUUCUUUCCUAAAGGAAAAUGUCAAUCUAAUGGUGCCGCCUGACUGUUCAAUAGAACAAUUGAAUGAAUUGUGUUGUAAAUAUAUGAAUAAUAUUCUACCUAUUGUUGUGUACACGAUAUCUGAAGGAAUUUUGAGUGAUUUGAAUAUUCAAGAAAUAAAAAAAUUGAAAGAUAUAUACAAAGUCCCUUUUUUAUUUGUUAGUGUGUCAACAAGAGAAGCGUUCGGGACAGAAUCUUUAACAGAAUCUGAACAACAUUCAUUAGAAACAGAACGUGAAAAAGAACAUACUACUUUACGAAAUUUGCGCGAUCAAUUAGUGAGACUGGGAUUCAUAAAUGACUCUGAAAACUCAAAGACUGAUAUAUUGAAAACUAAAAAAAAUUCGUUAUGUUUGGAAUAUUAUUUAGACACGUUGAUUGGGGAUGAAAGAAUUAAUGAAGACUUUUUAGAACAUAUAAGGAAUGUUCUGAAAUACACUGUCUUGAGAUUAGCUGCGAGAUUAAGCGAGGUUCAUAAUAAAUGUUUGCGUCAGUUUAUUCUUCGAGCUUUCGAUAUGGCUCGAGAAAUACAAAUAACUCCAAAACGUAUUGAGUAUGCGCAAAAAUUGGAACUACAACUCUACGAAACAUUGAUGAAUAUAGCUUGUGAACAACAAGAACAAAUAACGGGAAUUAUACAGAGGACUCUUCUAGAUAUGAAAUCCAACGUGGCUGAAAUUCUGGAAGGUUAUAAUAAUCCAAAUGUUGAUCAUCAAAGAACUUCAAAAACAGCAACUAUAGAAAUUCAACAACUAGUUUUAAAAAGACUAAAUACUUCAGUAGCCACACAAAUAGUCCAAUCAGUAGGUUGUCUUCAAGAGAGUUUCACUGGAACUUUACAAAGGUGUCUUGAAAAUCUAGAAAAAAGUUGUCAUGAACAUGAACUAAACCUAUCAGCUUCUGAUGCUGUUAGACAAAUCGUCAGUGCCGCUUACAAUAUUGAUUUGAAUAACUCUACAUCAGUUUCAAUAAUGCAUACGUGGCUCGAUCGUUUGAGGACGCUUUUGUCGACGUUUGCAUUACCUUGGUCCUCUUCAUCUCAAAUACAGUGCAACUUCCAGUGGCAACUUCAAGUUGCCACCAACAUGAUCGACAAACUUAGUGCUUCCAAACUAGCUAAAACAAUAUCUGCACAGUUUAAAGAACAUGUGAAAUCGUCCCAUGAAGCUUUUCUAUCUGCUAUUCGUUCGUUGGAUCACCAAUUAUCGGAUCAAUUGGAGCAGACUGAGGAACAAAGAAUAGCGAUUCGUAAAAAACACGCACCUAGUUUUGCUAGGCUUGCUUUAGAAAGCACUUCGUUGUGUGAUCUCAUAAGAUAUGGUAUGCCAAAUCAAAUUAAAGAAAUAGGAAGAGGACAGUAUGGGGUAGUAUCUUCCUGUGAACCUUGGGCAGGUAUCAAUCCUUGUGCUUUUAAGUCUGUUGUGCCACCAGAUGACAGACAAUGGAAUGAUUUAGCUAUGGAAUUUUAUUAUACCAGGACAAUUCCGGGCCAUCCGAGGAUAGUAAAACUUCGUGGAUCUGUGAUAGAUUAUACCUAUGCUGGAGGUAGCUCUCCAGCCGUUUUAUUAAUGAUGGAAAGAAUGACUAGAGAUUUAUACUGUGGGCUUCGAGGCGGACUAUCUUGGUUAGCAAGAUUGAGAAUAGCUAUUGAUGUGAUUGAAGGUAUCAGAUAUCUCCAUUCCCAAGGGUUAGUUCACAGAGAUAUCAAAUUGAAAAAUGUACUUUUGGAUGCUAAUGAUCGAGCUAAACUUACAGACUUCGGAUUCUGUAUACCAGAAGCAAUGAUGUCUGGAAGUAUAGUUGGAACACCUGUUCAUAUGGCUCCUGAGCUGUUGAGUGGCCGGUACGAUUCCAAAGUGGACGUUUAUGCUUUCGGAAUACUCUUUUGGUACAUAUGUGCUGGUCAAGUGAAAUUACCUACUCACUUCGAUCAGUUUCAGAAUAAGGAACAGUUAUGGAACAGUGUUCGAAGAGGUAUUAGACCAGAGUGUCUUCCUAAUUUUGAAAGAGAAUGUUGGAAUCUCAUGGAGCAGUGCUGGUCAGCAGAUCCUGCGGAUAGACCGUUACUUGGUUAUGUCCAACCACAACUUGAAAAUAUAUAUAAACGUGUCAAAAUGAAAUGUUGCCCAUCUUUGGGUUGUGAUAGUUCUUAAUAUAUUGAUAUUUUUAUUGAAUCUUUUUGUAUCCCACUUCUAUUUAUUAGAUGUGGUAUUUGUUUUAUGUUAUGUUUUAUAGAGUUUGUGAUAAAGUAUGAUUCGUUUUCUACUUACUAACUUUUAUUAAUUUUAACGAAGCAGAAGUAAAGAGGAACAAACAAUCAACUGUUUUUGUUACUAAACCAAUGAAAUUUAUAGUCAAUAACAUCUUUAUCUUAAUAAAAACGUAUUUUUAUAAAA